GUGACCGCCCUUUUGCCUCUACUCCCGCCGCCUCCCCGUCUCCCAGCUUCUCAUGGAAGAAUGAGGCGAUUUGGGGGUUGUGGCUGAGUUGCGGUUGCCGGGUGACAAGUCGGAGCCCGGACAGGCAUAAUGGCGGAAACUGCUUCUCCACUGAAGCACUUUGUGCUGGCUAAGAAGGCGAUUACUGGGAUAUUUGAUCAGUUACUGGAGUUUGUUACUGAAGGAUCACGUUUUGUUGAAGCAACAUACAAGAAUCCAGAACUUGACCAAGUAGCUACUGAGGAUGAUCUGAUAGAAAUACAGAGGUAUAAAAACAAGCUUUCCAUCAUUGGUGAGGUGCUGUCUCGGAGACACAUGAAAGUGGCAUUUUUUGGCAGGACGAGCAGUGGGAAGAGCUCUGUUAUCAAUGCCAUGUUGUGGGAUAAAGUCCUCCCUAGUGGAAUUGGCCAUACAACUAAUUGCUUCCUGAGUGUUGAAGGGACUGAUGGAGAUAAAGCCUAUCUCAUGACAGAAGGAUCAGAUGAAAAAAAGAGUGUGAAGACAGUUAAUCAGCUGGCCCAUGCCCUUCAUAUGGACAAAGACUUGAAAGCUGGCUGUCUCGUACAUGUGUUUUGGCCAAAAGCAAAAUGUGCCCUCUUGAGAGAUGACCUGGUUUUAGUGGACAGUCCAGGUACAGAUGUCACUACCGAGCUGGAUAGCUGGAUUGAUAAGUUUUGCUUAGAUGCUGAUGUCUUCGUUUUGGUUGCAAACUCUGAAUCAACACUAAUGAACACGGAAAAACACUUUUUUCACAAGGUAAAUGAGCGACUUUCCAAGCCUAAUAUUUUUAUUCUGAAUAAUCGUUGGGAUGCCUCUGCAUCAGAGCCAGAAUAUAUGGAAGAUGUACGCAGACAGCACAUGGAAAGAUGCUUGCAUUUCUUAGUGGAGGAGCUCAAAGUUGUGGAUCCUUUAGAAGCACAGAAUCGUAUCUUUUUUGUUUCCGCAAAGGAAGUCCUUAGUGCUAGAAAGCACAAAGCACAGGGGAUGCCAGAAGGUGGUGGGGCACUUGCAGAAGGAUUUCAGGCAAGAUUACAGGAGUUUCAGAAUUUUGAACAAAUCUUUGAGGAGUGUAUCUCGCAGUCAGCAGUGAAAACAAAGUUUGAACAGCACACUAUCAGAGCUAAACAGAUUCUAGAAACUGUGAAAAACAUAAUGGAUUCAGUAAACGUGGCAGCAGCAGAGAAAAGGGUUUAUUCAAUAGAAGAGAGGGAAGACCAAAUUGAUAGACUGGACUUUAUCCGAAACCAGAUGAACCUUUUAACACUGGAUGUUAAGAAGAAAAUCAGGGAGGUUACAGAGGAGGUGGCAAACAAGGUUUCAUGUGCAAUGACAGAUGAAAUUUGUCGACUCUCUGUUUUGGUUGAUGAAUUUUGUUCUGAGUUUCAUCCUACUCCAAGUGUAUUGAAAGUAUAUAAAAAUGAAUUAAAUAAGCACAUAGAAGAUGGAAUGGGAAGAAAUUUGGCUGAUCGGUGCACCAAUGAAGUCAAUGCUUCAAUGCUUCAAUCCCAGCAAGAAAUUAUUGAAAAUUUGAAGCCAUUACUUCCAGCUGGUGUACAGAAUAAACUACAUACACUGAUUCCUUGCAAGAAAUUUGAUCUCAGCUAUGACCUAAAUUGCCACAAGUUAUGUUCAGAUUUUCAAGAGGAUAUUGUGUUUCAUUUUUCCCUGGGUUGGUCUUCCCUUGUCCAUCGUUUCUUGGGCCCUACAAAUGCUCAGCGGGUGCUUCUAGGAUUAUCAGAACCUAUCUUUCAGCUCCCCAGAUCUUUAGCUUCUACUCCUACUGCUCCUACUAAUCCAGCAACACCAGAUAAUGCAUCACAGGAAGAAUUCAUGGUUACCUUAAUAACGGGAUUAGCUUCUCUUACAUCUAGAACGUCUAUGGGCAUCAUUGUUGUUGGAGGCGUGAUUUGGAAAACUGUAGGCUGGAAACUCAUAUCUGUUUCAUUAAGUAUGUAUGGAGCUUUGUACCUUUAUGAAAGGCUGACCUGGACCACCCGUGCCAAGGAGAGAGCCUUUAAACAGCAGUUUGUGAGCUAUGCAACUGAAAAACUGCAGAUGAUUGUAAGCUUCACGAGCGCCAACUGCAGCCAUCAAGUACAACAGGAAAUGGCAACCACUUUUGCUCGUCUGUGCCAACAAGUUGAUAUUACACAAAGACAUCUAGAAGAAGAAAUUGCUAGAUUAUCCAAAGAAAUAGAUCAACUGGAGAAAAUACAACACAAUGCAAAGCUCUUAAGAAAUAAAGCUGUUCAACUUGAAAAUGAGUUGGAGAAUUUUACUAAGCAGUUUCUACAUUCAAGCAAUGAAGAAGAAUCUUAAGAGAUUGCCUUGGUAAUCAUCAUAGGAGAAAAUGGAGCUUGUAAGGUUGGGGCAGUUAUUUUUAUGAAGUGACUUUAUGAAUUAUACUAACUGUAUCUAAGUAGCAAAUCCUUGAGUAGAUUCUGGUAUUGAUCUAUCUCAGGGUGUUUGCAUUUCUGAAGAAUGUUAUGAUGUCUCUUUAGUUUUAAUUUUAGGUAAAGAAAGAUCCUUUGUGUGACAAUAAUGAAUUCGUUAAUAGCAAAAGAACCAACUCUGUGACCCCUGAGGGGUGGGGCCCUGCUCUUAAUUAGGGCUCUCUUUGUUUUUGAUUCUGAAAAACUCUGCUUCCUGGCAUCCAGGAGUUAGAGAAUGCUCUUUUCAUCUUCUUUCUCAAAACUAAUUUUUGAUGCCUACUUGAAUGGGAAUAGUCACCUUGUUUUAUAAACUGCAUUGCUCUAACCACAAGGGAGUGUGGAAUGUUCUUGAGUGUAUUAUUUAUGCAGGUUACAAUCACUUUUGCCAUCCCAGCAGGUAUGUAAACCACUAAUACAUAAUGCUGUUUUUACUCCUUUUAUUCCCAUUAAAACUGAUACAAAACAGUAUUCAGGUUUGUUAUUACAAAUAGUCUCUUAUAAAAGUAUCUGGGUCUAAGUUUGCUCACCUGUUUCUAAAGAAACAUUUCAGCCUCAACUCUGAUUCCAGUAAAGAACACUUUCUAUCUCAGUUUUAGAAGUCAAGUUUGAAGUGAUAAAAAUAGCCAAAGAUAUGGAAGGUCUGAAUUUUGGGUGGUUACAGUCAUGUAUGUUUAACAGUGUUCCUCAGAAGGUGCUUGCCAAGGAUACUGCUGGAUUGUCGUCAUCCCCCGCCCCUGCCCCGGUAGCUUUUAUAUUUAUUGAAUUGUAUGAAUUUGUCAGGGCAUGGUUAAAAAUUAUGACUGUAUUUUGUACCAUAAUGAAAUGUUUUGGGGUUCAAGAA